GUUUCAGCUGUAUCCAGCAACCCCGCGAGAAAUUUUUCCUUCGCGCAAGGUACUUGUUUUGCAGACUUGUGAUUCGCUGAAAUGACGCGCGAAGUCUAUAUCAAGGGCAAGGGUAAAGAUGUGGUUGACAAGGAAAAGCAGCCUGAGAAGGUCGAUUUGUGCAUGCUGGAAGAGGAUGAUGAAUUUGAAGAAUUCGCAGCUCACCCUCAAAGUGGGGACUUAAAGAGAGCAGAAGAAGCUACUGUAUGGGAAGAUAAUUGGGAUGACGAUAUUGUGGAUGACGAGUUCGCACAUCAACUGAGGGCCGAAUUCGAAAAGCAAGGUACCGAAGCAGACUCUGUCGGAACGAUUGCCCCUCUGAACAGUGACCUUUGUGAUACACUAUCCCUGGAUUUUAAGCAUAUCAAUCCACACCUGAUGAAUGGCUUUGGAGAGCACCUCCCUAAUGUGAACGAUGAUCCCGUCAUUACUGCAUCCUAUCCGUCAGAACCCGGCCCCCUCAUGUCCACCGUGCUUACUAGCUCCCGAGGGUUUUGGAAAUUGGAAUGCCUUCAGUUGGAGUCUGACGUAACUCAAAAGUCGUCAGACGUCGCAUAUGUUUUUUCUUCAUCCAGUGGUUCCGAAGUUGAAAGUGACGAAGAACAACCUAGACGCAAACGACAACCUUUACUCAGGCCACAAGAUGACGACAGUUCAUCUGAGCAAGCACACGAUUGGAAUAAGACUGAACACCGGAAUUCCGAGAAUUCUUUAUUGAAGGCACUGAUGCAGAAGCGGCCUGCUCGUGGACGACCACCGAAGCUUGCUCAGCAUUCGUCGCUAGUCUCAUGUGCACGUUUACGGGCAGAGCGAGUGAAACUGCUGUCUGUUUUAAAACUUAAAAAAUUAUCCUCGUUGAAAUCCCUACCGAGCGUUGCAGCUAUGCUGGUCGACCGACGAGAGCCAUGGGCAGUCGGUGAGCUGGUUUGGGCUCGCCCCAAACAUCCCACUCGUUUACCUUGGUGGCCAGGCAUCGUUGUGCAACGUCCUCGCAAACCCCAGCUACAAUCCAUCCGGAUGCAACUUCUUCGAGGUAACUACGAGUCAUCUGUGCCCGAGUUUCGAAUUUGCCUUUUGGGACCAAUCACUCCUGGCACCAUCUUAUCCAUACCACAGACAAGACUUCGAUUAUACAACGGGAGCAGUGAGCUCGGCUCAUUCAUGCGGGACACCGUUCUCAGCUCGGAUGACAGGGUCAAGGCUCUUCGUCAGUUCGUUAUUCAGCCCAGUCUGCAGCCAGCGUGGCACCUUGCCAAAGAAGCUGCGGACGCUGCCAGAUUAGCCAAGCCAGACUCUAGUGGUCGUUUAUCUUUGUUUCCCCUGGCGUCAGAGGCCCGAUUUCAAGAACUGGGGUCCACUUAUGAUCGGCGGAGAAUGGAUCCUGUGCCACAAGGUCGUUUUUCUUGGUCUUCCCGCCCAAGAAAACGUGUGAGACCCCCGGGGGGUAGUCUGUCUCCCUCUGAAAAUUCAGACAGUUCCGAAAGUGAGAGCGCGACUGGUUCACUCUCAACGGAGAAUCGGUACGCGGUGUCAUCGACCGCCUCGACCGGCUCAGCUGGACCUGGUCGGCCGUCAAAAUUUCGCAAGUCUUCCCGAACCCCUCAUCUCACUGAUGCUUCGGAGAAUGGUACAUCCACAUCCGAUACCAAAAGUCGUCCCGGUUUUUCCCUAAAAGAAUUGGCGAGCAGCUUCGAGUUUGAGAAACUUCGUUUCAUGAAUUUCACUUCCCGGCGCAUAUUCGUGUGUGCUGUAUGUGGCGGAGCCGGUGAACAGGCACCAGUCCAAUCCUCCAACCAACUCGACGCGGAUUCGUUGCUGUGUAAAAAGUCCCAAUUGGAUCCCACUCUGGAGGACGCUUACUAUCCAAUCAUCGUUGCUUGUUUUGGUGGUUGUGGGAAUUACCUGCACCCCAAUUGCGCACGGACAGUGACCCUACCACCGGCAACGAAGGCGAGGUUACCACUGGACGAAAAGGCCGGUGUAUCCUCCGAGUGCCCGAAUGAGACCUCCUCCAACGUUGCUUUUGGGGACCCCCAUCCGUCCGAUGAUCCGGCAGCAGCCAAAUCGGUCCCAGCCUGUGACCUGUGCAUUAUGGGAAUUAGGCGUUGUUUUAUCUGUAAUCUUACUCAACCUUGUGCCCCAUUGAUAGUCUCACAAAUCACCUCGACUGCUGAGGUUGUGGAGACUGAACCAGGUGCCUACGAUGUCGAAAAUCAUGCUGCUGCACCGGGUUGUGACCCAACUGUGUCUGCUGUCGAGAUGCAUGUUCCGGACGCGAACUCCAUAUCGACCGCGACAACCACCGGUAGCGAAACGGAGGCAACCCCAUCAGGUGGUACUACUGAUGAUGACAAAACUUGCUCCAACAAAGAUCAGAUGAUUCGGUGUUCCGUCAAACCUUGCCACCGAUGGUUCCACCCUAGCUGCUUACGCAAACCGCCCUUUAGUGUUAUGGUUCGUGACCGGAGAGCUGGCGCUUUCUCCUGUCCAUCCCACACGUGUUUGGCUUGCGCCGUAGAAUCGCCGGGUACAAUUCCUCGCCCCGCGCCACGCUAUGUUCAAUGUUUCCUCUGCCCUGCGGCCUACCACCCUGGUGACUGGUGUCUCCCAGCUGGCAGCAAAGAGCUUGCCCCCAACUGGAUCAUAUGUCCUCGUCAUGCUCUCGACGACUGCCGAUCUCUCACCUUUCUCCCGCCACCAUUGAGAAUUCCCAUCGCCUCACCAACCUUGGCCACAAUGUUCCGUCCUACCAACGUGUCUUGGUGUUUUAUAUGCUCCAAAGGAGGGCGGAUAAUUUGCUGCGAAACUUGCCCUGCUUCGUUUCACGAAGAAUGUCUCAAAAUUGAUGAGGUUCCCGACAAAUUUGUUUGCGAAGAUUGUGUGAACGGACGCUUCCCACGUUACGGUGAAAUCGUAUGGGCCAGAUUGCCUCCAAACUUGAAUUCCAGCGCAUCCAGUUCACAUGCCUACUUACAAUAUUACACCUCCCUCACAGUGGGUGUGUACUGGUGGCCAGGCGAAGUUGUUCAUCCACGACAUCUUGCGGCCGCGAGUGCACAUUCCAACUCCGAGUCGGUGGAUGACUCACUGCCAUAUCAGGUCGUCGGAGACGAAAGAAUCAGCCGCCUCGCAUCCACCUGGGACCACUCUUUGGGCCUCUUUCCUAUCCGCCUGUUUGGUCUCACUACAAAACAGGCGGAUACGGACGACCAGUUCUCAGUGCCCAUCAUGUUGUGGACCACACGCGCCCGACUCUUCCCCUACGAAGAAGGUGACGACAAGCGCGAAUCGAACUCCAGCUCAGGUAGCUCUUCUGAUGAAGAGGACGCCAACAGUUCGUUUCGUCGACGAAGCUCCUGCCUCGAUGACGGCGAAGACGAGGACCCCUUACUGCAGCUUAACGCGUCUCAUUGCAGUGCGUCCAGAGAAAACCAUGAGCCAUUGUCUCCUAAAAAGAUUGUCUCCUCUCCAGCUGGUUCUCCACUUCAGAUGUCGCCUCAAAAUGUUCCCAACUUGCGACCGAGAUCCGCACGUUGUCAACGUCUGCGCCCCGGAAAGGAGAGUCGAGCUUCGAAACGAACCUUACAAAAGGGUCACACAACUACCGAUCCUGUUUUGGUCGCUCAGCGAAAGCAGGUUUAUGACGCGGCUGUCAAACAAGCUGCAGAUGGUUGGUCAAGCCGACGGGAGAAAUUCGGACAACUUUCUGGUAGGAAACGGCGUCCUGACUACUACAAACCGAUCAAGGUGAAUUGGCCACUCGGCUCGGUGCGUGUCUACCGCUUGAGCGACCCAAGUGAGGCCCCACGCUGUGAGUGCAAACCCGAUCCGUCAGGUGAUCCAUGCGGGCCGACAAGCAGUUGCAUCAAUCGCGAACUGCACUAUGAAUGUCUGCCCAGUGUCUGCCCCAAUGGAGAUGCGUGUCGAAAUCAGCGAUUUACCAAACGCCUCUAUCCAGCCCAGCGGCCAUUUUGGACCGGGUCCGAUCGGGGUUGGGGUCUGAAAACCCUUGUGCCUAUCAACUCAGGCGAAUUCGUCAACGAAUACAUUGGGGAUCUCAUCGAUGAAGAGGAGGCGAAUCGGCGCCUACGUUUCGCCCACGAGAACAAUGUGACCAACUAUUACAUGAUGAAGCUGGACUCGCAGCGAAUCAUUGACGCUGGUCCGAAAGGCAAUUUGAGCCGGUUUAUGAACCAUUCUUGUGAUCCCAACUUGAACACACAAAAGUGGACAGUGAAUGGGGACAAUCGCAUUGGGCUGUUCGCCGUCAGGGAUAUCAGCCCAGGCGAGGAAUUGACUUUCAACUAUAAUUUUGUUGCCCUUGGCCAGGAGCGCCUUUCUUGUCGAUGCGGUGCGUCAAAUUGUGUGGGCUUCCUUGGCGCAUCGGCAUCUACAAAUGGCACGAAUAACCGUGGUGGUGACGACGAUGAUUCUGCCACAGCGAACAACACCUCCCGGGCCAAACGCAAUGCAGCAGGUGAAACGGUCGGUGACUUUGGUAAAACUCACGGUCCCAGUGAUGGGAGCAAAUCCGGCACUCUCGCCUGUAAUGCUGGUGGUUUUAGCGGGAGGCACAACGCCCAACCGGAAAGCAUUCUGUCAAGGGCCGCGCGUCAUGAACACGUCUGUUUUCGCUGUGGUGAUUCACAUCCUCCGAAACCGUUCACCAUGGACGAGCUUGAUGACAUCCGGAUAAAACCAUCUGGGAUACUCGUCAAGCCUCAGCCGCCCAAGCGCGGCCUGGAACGUGAGUUGAAAGAGUUGGUUGCCGACGCGAUUAAUUGUUCACCGAUAAAAGACCCCGCCGGCCGAAUAUCAAACAGCACUAGAGUUCGCUCGAGGUUCGAAGGUGUCGCGGAGUCAUCUGAGAAUGGAGUGCUGUCCGAUUUGAUCUACUGCAGCAAGUCGGAUUGUACAAAGGUCUAUCAUCUCCAGUGUCUUGAUUUGAACUCCCCACCGAUUGGUCGUUGGUUUUGCCCUUGGCACCAUUGUGAUGCAUGUGGACGCCCAUCUCACGUCUUUUGCUGUAUGUGUCCAUCCUCAUUCUGCUUGGCCCACGCAGAGGGCAGUAUCGCUGUGCUUCCCCCUUCCCUACCUCCGAAACCACCCAUGUCCACGCGCCGAUCUGCCAAAUUGGACGAGGCCUCUCGCUCGGGCACCAAGACCGGUGCAUCGGAGUUGGAGACCCUUUUGGUUCGAGUCGUUUGCAUGUCGCAUAACGCUAUGAUCCGCAAGGCAACCGAGGAGGCUGUUACAAAGGCAUACCUGACCUCCUCGUCCACUAGGAAACCGUUGAGUCCUGUGGACGUAUCCUCCAAUAGUCUGCCACCGCCGGCAACGCAUCCGUUUCAGUUGCGAACUCGACGACAGUCGGAUUUCGCCCGCGAGACGAGCACAUCCUCUUCCCCUCAGGCCCCCCGCAAGCCAAUAUGCGCAACUCAGGUGAAAUCUUGCGCAAUGGAGUUGGUGUCCAAACUUGGGAAAGACAGUGGCAGUGUACGUCGACAGUUAGGGAAAAGGCUCUCCUCCAAAACGUACUCGCCCACUGUUGUGAAAGGAAAAGUAUGACCGAAUCAAAGAUGAGUCAGAUGGUCUCUCCGUUGUAACCCAGCCCAGUCAUUCCCUCCUCCUGGGCAAGCAUUCCGGGGCACUCAAGCCUCAGGACCCCAUCCGCCUGUAUUUAGUGUCCCGUGCCUUUACUUUCUAUGCUCUCUGAGUGUCCCUGCAGAUUUUCUACAUAAAUAUGUAUGUCCUGUCUGCGACCCUACAUCAACCUUCCGUAUGAUUUUUUAAAAUAGAUCUACCAAGCUUCUGUA